AAUCCAACCCAUCCAUCUACUAGCCUCUCAUAGGUUCUGGCACGCCGAAAACUCCGUAUAAAACACACACCGCCCUCCUACGGAUCAAACCACCCCUCGGAAAACCCCAAAAAAGCGUCAGAAAAAGAAGAGAGAGCUGGGGGAUGGACACGCACGUCGGCAAAUUAAUCGACUCGGUGGGCUCCAUCUUCCGCGGCAGCGACGUCCUGCCCUGGUGCGAUCCCGACAUCAUCGCCGGUUUCGAGAGUGAGGUUGCUGAGGCUGCAAAUGAAGAACAGAAAACCGAGAGCCUGAUGAGGCUCUCCUGGGCGCUUGUUCACUCUAGACAGCCUGAAGAUGUCAACCGGGGCAUCGGAAUGCUUGAAGCUUCAUUGGACAGGUCUAGCAGCCCAGAGGAAACAAGGGAGAAGCUCUACUUGUUAGCUGUUGGUCGUUACAGAACUGGGGAUUAUACAAGAAGCCGACAGCUUUUGGAAAGAUGCUUAGAGAUCCAACAUGACUGGAGACAAGCCAUAACUUUGCAAAGGCUCGUUGAAGAAAAAACCAAAAGAGAUGGUAUGAUUGGCAUGGCUAUCAUCACAGGCGCCUUUGGAGUUGUGGGUCUUGUUGCUGGUGGUAUAAUUGCUGCGGCUUCUUCGUCAUCCAGGAAGAGAUGAGGAUAUCUUCUCUGUUGAAGUGAAUAAGAAAAAGGCGGGCAAAAGCUUGGUGGUGGGUGACAGUGCUCAUCAUUUUUUGCUCCGUGUGAAGGGGUGCUCACUUGUCUUUUUUCGCGUGAGAGACCAACUUUGUAUUGCGUCCAAACGAGAGAUAUAUGUAUUGUUAAACAGUAGAGGUCGAGGCUGCCGAACAUUCUGUUUUUACUACCAACCUUGUAUUGCGUUCAAAUGAGAUAUAUGUGUUGUA